UCAAUGCUUCUCAGCGAACAUGUUGUUUUGAAACUGGUCGAGCCAUACCUAAAUUAUGGAAGCAAUAUCACGACCGAUAACUUUUUUACUGGUAUGUCGCUAGCGAUAAAGUUAUUGGCAAAGAAGACUGCGCUUGUUGGAACUAUGAGGGCCAAUAAAAGGGAACUACCUAAAGCAGCCAAGCUAACCAAGGAUAAGAUGCCUCGCUAUUCCACCAUGACAAUAUAUAAAAGCAAACCAAAUAAAAAAGUUUCGGUUCAGAGUUCUAGACAUAAAUUUGUCAAAAUCGAUAAAAGUAAUAAAAAGAUGUUGCCUGACACUAUAGAAUUUUAUAAUAAAAUGGAAUAUGGAGUAGACAUGACAGAUCAAAUGUCAAGAAAAUAUACCGUGAAAUCCAGUUUGCGUAGGUGGCCCUUGCAAAUAUUUUUCAAUAUUUUGGAUUUGGCUGCAAUAAAUGCUUGA